AUGGCGGAGCAUUCUUCGUCCGAAGACGAGGCAGCCGGAGAGGCCUCCUCUGGAGGAGUUCAAAUCUCGAAGCGGCAACGGGCACUUCCCCCCUCUCGGAUGCGCGAAUCGCGAAGUGCAGAGGCGUUCGCGCUCCCCAACGAAGUGCCUGCGGGAGAUCCUGCCUCUGCUGCUGUGAAGAGCACCCUGCCACUCGCGCAUUCUGUCCGUUCCGAUCUCGGGGAGAGCCUCCUUCCUGCCAUCGCGUCGCCGCCGCUUCCCGGCUCCAUUCGCGCGCUUUGGUGCGACGGCCCUGUUGUCUAUGCCGGCGUGAAGACUGCGAUCUUCGCGUUCAAUCGUCUGCAGCUCCUGCGGAUUUAUGGCGCGGCAGUUCGCUCCGAGGGGCCCCUCCCCGCAGGUCCUCAUGUAGAGCCUGUCGAGGGGAUCCUGGGAAUAGGCCCCUUCCUCGUUUCCCACUGCCCACGAGUGGUAGCCGUUUGGGAGAAGGAGACUGGCGAGCUUGUGCGCGUGCUGCCGCUCCAGGGGCCUCUCCGCGUGCAGAGGCUGUUGCACCCGGAGACUUUUCUCAACAAGCUGCUAGUUGCUCGGGAGGGCGUCCUGGAGCUGUGGAACGUGGUGUCUGGUCAGAAGCUGCAUCAGUUCAGCUGUAUCGACGGCGCGGGGAGCAGUCAGAAGAGCGGCAGCAGCAUCACGGCCUUAGCGCAGAGUGCCAGUCCAGACGUCGUUGCAGUUGGAUUCAGCAACGGCGCAAUCUUCGUGAUCGAUUUGAAGCGGGAUGAGCUGCUGCUCCAGUUUCAGCAGAGUGCAGCGCAGGGGUCAGUGUGUGCCCUCGCCUUCCGAUCGGAUUCUGCGGAUGCCGCGAGCGCUGCAGCAGAAACUGCCGCUGCAGUGCUCAUGAGCGGUGCAUGCAACGGUGACCUUUGUGUUUGGGGCCUGGCGGAAGGGCGCCUCUUGGAUUGCGUGCCACACGCACACAGAGCGGCUGUCUCGCACAUCCAGUUUCUGCCCGCUCAGCCCGUCUUGAUUACUACGGGUCUGGAUAAUGCAUUGAUUGAGUGGGUAAUAGAUCAACCUGAUGGCAUUCCGCGAGAGCUGAAGGCUCGCAGAGGACACGUGGGAAGCGUCACGCACAUGCAAUUCUACAGCUCGGAGGGAACUGAGCUGCUGACUGCGAGCUGUUUGGGCGGCCGAGGGCACUUGGGAUUUACGUCUAUGAUCCAGCAGCAGCAAAACUGCAUCUUCUCUCAGAAAAAUCUCAAGAGUAAACUGCAGUCAGUACGUCGGCUGCGGGGCAUUGUCUCCAUGAGUUUCUCCUCGUGGCGGCACUUUGAUUGGGCAACCAUUGCAACAGCUCACGAGAGGACGCAUCAGGUAUUCCUGUGGAGUGCGAAGAAUAAGGCGCUCGAGCCUCGCGUGCUGCAACCGCCUUCGCGCGCCGGCGUAUCUGCAGAACCAGCGACUGCCGUGUGCUGCAGCUCAUGCGGCAGUUUCUGCUUUGUCGGCUACGCGGACGGCCGCAUGCACAAAUUCAACCUUCAGUCGUGCCUGCAUCGCGGCGAGUUUGUGCGAACCGAGGGUCCCCUUGCAAACGCCAGGAGUACUGACAACACGAUGGGCGCGAAACCUCGCAGCAGCAGCAGCCGUGCGUCUCAACACGAAGCAUGGGGGACGGCUCAUAGAGGAGCUGUUUGCGGCUUGGCGAUGCUCGGGCCGUCUGUUGUAGCUUCUGCCUCUUCGGAUCCAGAGGACUGCUGCUUGGUGCUGUGGGACGUCCGCUCUCGUCAUGCCCGCUCUUGCAUGCCUCUAACGCUUCCUGGAGGUGGAAACGGGGGAGGCAUCUGCUUGUUCAAGUCAUCAGGUGUCUUGGUUGCGGUCCUCUUUCGGAACGGUGCUGUGUGCCUCGUUGAUGCUCUGUCCUUAACCGUUGUGCGCGUGAUCACCGCCAUCGCCCCCUCCGUCCCCCUUCCCCUCGCCAGCUGCCUUUGCUUCUCGCCGGAUGGACGCUGGCUCGCAGCGGGGUGUACGGACAGCUCCGUAUGGGUAUAUGACAUCCUUGGAGCCGCCGUUGUCGAUUGGAUGCAGUUCAAGUCACCCCCCAGCGAUAUCACCUUCGACCCCUCCGGCGCGCGCCUCCUCACGGCCCACCCACAUGCACAGGGCGGAGUUUUCGUUUGGACAAAUAAGUAUGUGUUUGAUGCCUCGCUGGGUACCCCUCUGCUUCACGCCACCCCUCGAACGCCCUUCCCAAUGGAGGAUGCGAAUGCUGCAGCAGACGUCGCAUCAAUAGCGGGAGCAGCAUGCAAGGCCGAGAGCCAAGAUGAAGAGGCUGCGGCAGCAGCGCUGAUGCGGCAGUACAAAAGCAAAGCACAACCCCUCGUGCCAGGCGCCGUCACCCUCUCGGGGGUGCCUCCCGCGCAUUUGCAUGCGAUUUUGUACAUUGACGAAAUAAAAGCGCAGGCCAAGCCAACAAGGGCCCCCGAGCCUCUCCCCGAUGCGCCAUUUUUUAUUCCUUCGCGUUUUGAAGAGGAGGGGACCGUGAUGAUCCUGCCGGCCAGUGAGGAUUUGUCGGAAGGGGCGGCGCAAGCGGUCGACAAGAAACAGAGCGAUAGAAGAAAUAUUUCUCGGUCAAAACUCCAAAAGCUGCUAGCUAUGAAAAACACUCGCGAAGGACAGAAAUACGACGCCAUCUUGGAGUAUCUCCGCAGCUGCUCACCAACAGGAGUUGCCUUAGCUCUUGGGGAGAUUGGGCCGACAGCAGGCGCGCCAGAGGAAGAGGCCCAUAGUGACAUUCUGCUAUCGAACGCUACAGCAGCAGAUGGAGAAAACACCAAAGCAGCGACUGCCACAAGCUUAUCUGCUGCCGCUCUACCAAUUUUGGAGGAGCUAGAGGACAUACAGCAGAGGGACUGGGGAGCCUUGGAGAAGCAAUUUCACAGACUAGAGUGCUCGCUGAAGUUCCUUGCGCAUCUACAAAUGGAUUGA